AAUCGAGUUUGAGUCCAUUCGCAGCUCACACGAAUCCUAGUAUUUAACUGGUAGAGAUGGGGCAUUUUAGAUGCAAGACACUGCUUUUCGUAGCUCUGGUGAGCGUAAUUGCUCUGCAGUUGUGGGCCUCUGUCGAAGCCCUUGAUGAUGGACACGACGAACUAGAAUUCCAAGUCUUGACAGGUUCCGGCGGAGGAUCGAGUGGCUACGGCAAUGACGGUCAGAGUGACGGUAAGGAUAGCCAUGGACGUGACGAAGGUGAUGGCAAAGGCGGCAAGGAUGGCAAGGAUGGCCAUGACGAUAAGGGAGACCACGGGAACGGAAAGGACGAUAAAGACGGUCAUCACGACGACAAUGAUGAUCACGACGGCAAGGACAAAGACGACAAGGAUUGCAGCUCAAUGGGGUACAAGGGCCGCAAGCCCUGCAAGCCCAGGUCUCCUCCUCCUCCUCCUCCUGCAAAAUCUCCCCCUCCCCAGGCUCCCAAGUCUCCACCACCUCCGAAGAAAUCUCCCCCUCCUCCAGUUGCGGUGAAAUCACCUCCUCCUCCUGUCAAGUCUCCACCACCUCCGAAGAAAUCCCCCCCUCCUCCAGUUGUGGUGAAAUCCCCUCCUCCUCCUGUCAAGUCUCCACCACCUCCAGUCGUCGUGAAAUCUCCCCCUCCUCCUUACUACACACCCAAGUCGCCACCACCACCGGCGAAAUCGCCACCUCCUCCCGUGGUUGUGAAGUCCCCCCCUCCACCGAAGAUAUCUCCCCCGCCUCCCGUUGUGGCCAAAUCACCACCGCCUCCAGCCAAAUCUCCUCCUCCUCCAUACGUACAGAAGUCUCCGCCACCUCCUCCCGUGGUUGUGAAGUCCCCUCCUCCACCGAAGAAAUCUCCCCCUCCUCCGGUUGUGGGUAAAUCACCACCACCUCCAGCAAAAUCUCCUCCCCCUCCAGUGGUAGUCAAGUCCCCUCCACCACCAUACACCUACUAGAUCAGACUUGCCAUCGGGGCUGAGAGCUCCUUGUAUCGAUAUGAACUGCUAAAGCCUCAUGGGCUUAUCAACAUCCAUCAGCAUAUUAUACCAGCAUGUAUUGUGAUCCUUGAUCGGCAGAUAAUAGCAGUAUUUGACUCAUGACUCGUUAGUAGGUAUGGUAGUGCGAUUGUAGAAUUUAGUGAUGGAUUAAUUCACUCUGCUUUGAGCGUGACUAUGUUCCUGGCCAAAUCCAAUUUUAAAUGCUGUCAUACUCAGUAGGUCAGCUACUCAGAGGAAUUUAGAUUCGGUUUUGUGAGCUUAGGCAGAAAUCUCGUGAAAUCUGCAUAUGAUACCGAAGAGGGACUGAAAACGUGAAACGUGUUCAUGUCUUCGUUUCUGAGCCAAAUUCUGUAUAA